AUGUCGAGCUCCACUGUUUCUCUUGUUCGAUUACCUUCUAUCCACAAUUCGAUUCUGGGACGCUCUGUCGGUGGUGGGACCAGGCUUGCGACUCGUUCUCCUAUAUCUAUCCCCCUCCGCACCCCUCUGUCUACGUCUACAUCCAGGCGCAUUCGCAUUUCUUCCUCAACAGCAACAAAAGCAAGAGCAUUCUCUUCUUCGUCCUUCACCUCUUUCUUACACACUACCACCAACAAUACAAUGGCUCCCUCCACCCAGACCCUAAUUGAAGUGGCCAAGGCCCGUCGCAGCUACUACGUGCUGGGACGCAAGUCGCCUGUCCCCGACUCCGAGAUCGUCGAGCUUGUUAACCAGGCCAUCUUGCACAUCCCCAGCUCCUUCAACACACAGUCUACACGUGUGGUGGUUGCUCUGCACGGAGACCACGAGAAAGUGUGGGACAUUGCUGUCGACUCCCUCAAGUCCCUCGUUGCCUCCGGUGCUGUGCCCCAGGAGACUUUUGAUAGCCAGACCAAGCCUAAGCUUGAUCUGUUCAAGGCUGCAUACGGUACUAUCCUAUUCUUCGAAGACCCCGCCCACGUCAAGCCUUAUGCCGAGAAGUUCCCUGCCUUUGGAGACAAAUUCCCCCAAUGGGCUGAGCACAGCAACGCCAUGCACCAGUGGUUCCUCUGGGCCGGUCUCGAGAGCCUUGGCUUUGGUGCCAACCUUCAGCACUACAACCCUCUCAUCGACGCUGCAGUCGCAAAGGCUUUCGAUGUCCCCAGCGACUGGGAGUUGAAGGCCCAACUUGUGUUUGGUUCUAUUGAGGCACCUGCUAACGAGAAGCAAUUCAAGCCCACCGAGGAGCGCGUCAAGGUUUUCGGGGCUCAGCUGUAG